CCUCCUCGCUCCCACACCGUCUUCGUCCCCUCUUCCUCCCCCUCAUGGCGCCUCCCGCCGCCGGCGACACCCCACCCUCUCCUCCAGUGGACGCAGAGAGCAGCGCCAGCACCGAGGAGGAGUCGCGCUGGCUCGCAGCCCUCUCCGAGUCCGAGCUCGAUUUGCUCGUCAGCCUGAAGUUGCUGGCCGUGAAGCGGGCGGAGACGUCCGGCCGCCCCCACCUCGCCGACGCCUUCGAUCUGCGCACCCUGCGUGCCCUCGGUGUUGUUUUGCUGGAAGAUUUCAAACAACGGCUAAGAGAAGAAACCUCACUUGAUGCAAUCCUUCUUGAUAGACUUGCGCUAUCGAGGGAUCCUGAUGCGGAUUGUACCGUCAGUUGUAAUAGUAGUGAUUCCAAGGUGUUCAGGCAGCACAGCAAAGAUCAGCCAAUAAAGCCAAGUGGUGUCAAGAAAAAACGAAAGCGGACACAUGAUGGGCGUCAUGGAGAGGCUGUGCAAAGGAGCAAGAAAAGAAGAAAAACAAGCCAGAGGAGAUAGCGGCGAUCAUAAAUCGAUUGCGACGAUUUUCCUCAAGCUAGCGAUCUAGUGCAAGCACCACCAGAUGCCGUUGAGCAAGAUGAUACAGAGGCUUGGAGCUGCUGCUCUUGUCAAUUUUGCUCUACCUGUUGUUCUCUAUCUUUCCGGCUUUUCUUCGUCUAGAUUAACAAGAUGCGACGAACUCGACUAGCAGAUAUAUAGAUGCCCCUUAUGUUGGUCAAAGUUUUAUUUUUUGCUGAGUGGAUGUAACCACGCUCACUGAUGAAAGGUAUUACAAUUGUCAUCCCUCUUCUUUGCA